CUAGUGGACGACAAGCAUGGCGCUCUCGGGGCCCUGCUUGAUCAUCGCUUGUGUUCUGAUUCCGCUCCGAGCGGCAUUUCCUUUUGGAUACCCCGACGACAGCGUGCUGGAAGUGACAGGGGUUGCAGGACGGGAAGUGUCCCUCCCGUGCGACUUGCGUCCAGCGGUGGGUGAACCGAUAGACGACGAGCCCCUGCUGGUGCUAUGGUUCCGAGAAGGAUUCCCUACUCCACUCCUAAGCGCCGACGCACGACGAGGAGGAGGACUAUCACGGGCACGGGUCUGGAAGGACGAUGCAUGGGACGCCCGAUUCACCUUAAACCCCCCGGCGUUGCUGCUGGGAGACGUGAAGCCGGAACACGCCGGCACUUACGUCUGCCGCGUGGACUUCCGGCAGGCGCAGACGACAAACCGCAUGGUUCGUCUGCUCGUCGUGGUGCCGCCCUCGCACCCCGUCAUUAGAGGUCGGACGGGGCAAGCCUUGAACGGCACCGCUACUUUCAACCGUGGAGACGUCGUGCAUCUUCUGUGUGAAACACGAGGAGGUCGACCACGACCGAGGCUCUCCUGGUGGCGAGACGGUGAACUGGUGCAGUCUUCGCCAUCAGCGUCGACAUCGAGUGGGGACGGAGUGGUGAGCCGCAUCCGUUUCGGUCCUCUCACCAGGGCUGAUCUCCUCACCAAAGUCACCUGCCAAGCGCAAAACAACAACGUCUCGGAGCCACUUUCAACAACGGUGGUUUUAGAUCUCAACUUGGCCCCCACCAGUGUUUUCAUCAUCGGCGGCAUGGAGCCCUUGCACGCUGGUCGUCCUGCUCAGCUCUCCUGCGUCUCAACCGGAUCCCGCCCGACGGUUGAGUUGAGCUGGUGGAAAGACAGCGAGCGCCUCCCGGCGUCUACCUCCAACAACUCUGCCAGCACCGCUACUCUGGUUCCGACGAGCGCCGACCACGGGCGCCGCUUGGCGUGCAGGGCGCACAACCCGCGUCUGGCACACGAUGCCCUCGAGGACGCCGUCACGCUACAAGUACACUACGCUCCGGAACUUCACGUUCGGCUGGGCAACCGCCUUCGCGAGGACGGCAUCGUGGAGCAGCAAGACGUGUACCUGGAGUGCUCGGUCUCCGCCAACCCUCCCGUGGCCGAGGUGGGAUGGCGCUUUGAGGGUCAGGACUUGCACACCAAUACCUCUGCUGGGCUCAUCGUCAGCAACCGAUCCCUCGUGCUUCAGAAGGUGCAGAGGGCAGCACGAGGCGAAUACUCCUGCACGGCUGCCAACUUCCUCGGAAGAGCCACUAGCCGACCUCUUUUUCUGCGGGUGCAGUAUGCCCCAGUAUGCGUAGAAGGCCAACAGCAAGUGUACGGUGCGGCCCGACACGAAGCCGUUCAAGUGAGCUGCGAAGUGAGCGCUGACCCAGCAACCGUGGGCUUUGAAUGGCGGCUGAACGGCUCGGCAGCUGAAGCCCCACCCCACUCGUCGGCCGGCGUCCGAUCCAUUGCCACGGUGGUUGCACGUUCUGAAGCUGACUACGGUGCGUUGGCUUGCUGGGCUCGCAACUCCGUGGGAACCCAGAGGCAGCCGUGUAUGUUCGCCCUGGUGCCCGCUGGGCCACCGGAGUCGCCCGCCGACUGCGCCGUCUCCAACCAGACAGAGGACUCCUUCGUUAUACUCUGCAGUGAAGGACAUCACGGUGGAUUAAGACAGCAUUUUGUGUUGGAGUUGCACGACAGUGCAGGUGGACGAUGUAGGGCGAACCUUAGUGGGUCGCUACCUGCUUUUCAGGUAACUGACCUUCCAGCUGGCACUGAGUUCGUGCUGGUGGUUUACGCUGCUAACGCCAAGGGCAGGAGUCCGCCUGUCCUCCUAACUGCUGGCACUUUACCAGCUGCCGCAGAAAGCCUACUAAGGCAGGGUGAUGAUUCAGGCUGGCAGCUAAGCUUCAGUCCAGUGCUGGCUGUGCUCCUGACCGUCGUGUUAGGCUUCGCGCUGCUCGCCUUCGUUGUCGUCGUCUCUGUCAGGCUCUGGACACAAAAGGGCUUCCACAAGGACUCGCCGAGCAAGAGCAGCCCGGGUGAAAGGACGUGGGGCCCAGCACCGGAUGUUGUUGACAGAGCAAUUUCCAGAGAAGAAGCGAGCGAACUUGCGACGUUUCCAGAGGGCAAAGGCCUCUGCCUGGCAACGUUGGAUCCGGAGCACUGUGUGGUCAAUACCCUCAUGCCGCGGUGAGCAAGGCGGUUUGCGGUAGACGCCGACUUCUGUGAUUUCCAGUACUCCGGCUUCCCAAGUCAAGCCCUGUACGACUGUUGCAAGCAACAUCUGGUGCUUCGAACGGACGCCGCGUGGCAGGGACGAUGUGUACCUGCUGCUCAACCCUAGGCUUCCACAACCGCAAAGCAGCCACUAUUGGAACAGAAAGCUUCGAAAUAGGUCCUCUACAGAAGACCGCUGUGGUGUUGGUGGUGAAAUCAUGUUCUUCGGUCGUAGAAGAGUUAUAGCGCCAUGGAAGCGAGGUGGGAAGCCCGGUCCUCGAGGUGUAUCUUCGUGGUGGUGAGGUGUGGCCCUAGUGGCAGGUGGCGGAUGGUGUGAGCGGUUAAAGUGAACAGAGCCUCAGACGAUAAGAGGUGCCGAGAUAGGCAGGUGCUACCAGAAGAUAUCCCCUUCUGGCAUUAAGUUCGGAGGUUUGAGAGUGAAAAUUGCUUUUAUAUUACUCCAUAACCCUUGCUAUACCUUAAGAAAAAAAAACAAAAAAAAAACGCGAUGGCUUCUUUCUCCAGCAGAUGUAAAGAAACAUGCCGAGUUUCCGUUGUAAGCUCUUGUGGAACACCUAUACAAGGUGCACGACUGCCUUCAGUUUUGCCCUCUUUACUGGUGUACCCCGUUAUUUAACUGUCUUCGCCGUCUCCAACUAAGAUAUAUCAUACAAUACAUAAACUCAGAGUGGAAAGUUGGGCUAGUUUGUUGCCCUACAUACUGAGCGGAAAGCGAAAACAACAGUGGACCCACUCUCACAUGAUCUUGUCCGUUGUUGUUUUCGUGUUUUUGCUCUGCCUUCAGUACGGACUAAUCUAUUUCGCCGCCCCCUGGCACGACAAAAAUGACGUCACUCCAAACGUCCUGCCACGACUCUUGUGCUUUUUUUAUUAAUCGCUACUUGACUUUCCUCAUCUCGUUUAUGACGAAUUCUGCCGGUCGUUUUCGUGCCUACUACGUACUGAAGCGACCAGUGUGACAUGCACACCACGGUUGCGGAUUUACCACUCCGGGGUUGGAAUGAUUCCGGAAUCAUUCCAGAUUUAUCAGAGCCCGGAAUGAAAUCGGAAUGGAAUGGCGGAAACUUUCCUGGGAAUGGGAAUGGGAAUGGAAUUAGGCUUUUUUUCUUCGCAGGCGGAAUGGCAUUGGAAUGUAAUGGUCUGAGUGCCACACGGUCAAGGGCGAUGGUUUAGUUUGGUUUUAAGAAAAAAUAAAAUGGAGGUUUUGGCUUCACUAGUGUGAGGCCCGCAACCCCA